AUGUUUCGAUGCAUUUUAGUGGUUGAUUGCGGUGUUGUGCAGCAACGUCAUGCGACUUUACCGGUGUGUCCGCCGGGUGCACGACCAAUGUACCGUCCUGAUGGCGAACCACGCAAGUGCUUACCACAUCAGAACAGCCUUUGCAUCAAUGCUCUACCAGAUCAACCGAAUGCGGAAACUGUAUGCUGUUGGCAUAACCUGGUGGAUUAUUACUGUUGUUUGGACGUGAGGCCAGCAGAAUGUCCGAACUACCGUAAUGUUACUGUCGUUGUACAUAACGCAUACCCUCAUAACCCUUUCGCACUGCGAUCUUAUCAUUUCAGAGAAGGAAUUGAGGAUGAACUAGCGUCUUUGGCCGAGAAAGGCUUAUUGUCGCGGAAUGAUCUGCAGAACGAGGACCGAAUUUCUGCAAGGCGUAACGCUGACUAG